GAAUAGCGCUAAUUACCCAGUCUUCCUCGGUACUCGAUAUUUUGUUUUACUUUUUCACCAACGCUAAACUUACGAUACAAGCUACAAACUAACGCAGCCCUAAAAGAAAACAGACAUUUUUAUAAAGGAGGCAGCUAUGGAUGAGGAGUCCGAUCCUAUUGAGGCAACUUUGAAAGAAACACUAGUUACUGAAACAGAGGGAAUUGAUGAGAGAAUUGACAAUGCUAAGAAACUUUUAAGUGAAGAUAGCCGAAAAGAAGAUGCUGUUAAAAUCUUGAUAAAAACAUCUAAGGCUGGGAGUCAUGAAGCAACAGAUCUGGUGCGAAAAUGCCUUGAAAAUGGAGAUGGAAUUACCGAUGAAACACGACCUGAGGCUGUCUGGUGUGUGGACACUCCUGAAUCAGAAAAGCACAUGAAGUUUGCAAUAUCAGAGCUGUUUGAGACUCUUAAGGGCAAAGGUCGGGACAGAGUGUCUGCAGGCGACAUCGGGAAAGCUAUCAAAGAUGCAAAAGUGAAACUACAGGACGAGAGCCUAAAUGAUGCAGGGUUGAUGACGCUACUGACAAAUGCCAUGUCUGUUGGGGAGGGAGAGGAUAUCUCUCUCACUGAGUUUAUGGAUACUGCCAUGUCUUAUGCCAAGGGUGAGGUCCCUGCGUUAGUCACUGUGUUGAAUGCAGAGGAUAUGGAGAAGUUUAACCAGGCAUCUAUAGUGGGAAAGGUUGUACAGUAUCCAUACCAAUCAUUUGAAUCCUUCAAGCACUACAUCCUCCUGAACAUCUCCCAGCGCGGCUCAGCCUGGGUGAAGUCCCUUAUUCCGACUGCGCAGAUACAAACCUUGAUGCUUCUCUACUUGUACAAUCAGCUCACACCAGAAAUGCUCUGGUUUAUCAUCCCUCUUAUAGUCUUCUUCAUAGCUGUCACUGGGCUUGUAGUGUUCUCUAUGCAGAUGUUCUAUGGUAGAGAGGCUCUGAAACAACUGAAGAGUGUCUCAGAACUGAUGAAAAAAUUUGAUCCAAUGAUUGAUGAGAAAGCUGCCGAGACUAAGUUCAUGUGGAAAUCCAUCAGGCCGUAUAUCUCUUUUUUCAUUUGCCUGCUGAUUACUGUUGCUGUGUUUCCAUUGUGUGAUAAAUCAUGGAUACCCUGCUCUGAGCUGUCGCUUGUGGCUUUGUUCUUUACAGUGUCUGCUCUUCGGGGUCUACCUAGUGACUACGAUGAUUAUGCCAUGUACACCAUUGGAAUCAAGGUUUUAACAACAAUCCUGCAGUCCUUAUCAGAUGUCAAAUGGCUGAGAAUACUAUGUCAGCCCUUCAUAUCCAUCCCAGUCCCCUACGGAAUGGAGCUCCAUAUCGGGCUGCCUUCCAUCCUGCACGUGGUCAUCCUCGCCAUGCUGGUGGUGAUGGCGGGGCGACACUCCUGGAAAGGAGUCUACAAGGUGGUCAUCCCGCAUCUUGUCUGCCUUAUGUGGUGGCAGUUAUUCACCAUCCUUUUUGAUCACACCACUUGGCGUAGCCUCGGCCGAGCUUCCCUCGGUUGGGUCAUACUAAUUACUAUGCUCCCUCUUCUCUUGGUCUACGUCCUCGGCAUCGUCUUCCUAAACUUCCUGCAAUGGUUCCUAACACUGGAUUUAGCCAUGAGACUAGCCGUGGCUGCUAUUACCAUUUGCAUAUCAACAGUCGUUGUCCUCAACUCCAACACCCAUCUCCCGGAAAACAUCAGGGAGAAGAAGAAGGCCAUCUUCAUAGGGGUAGCUGCCGUUGUAGCGUGCCUCUUUGUACCCAUGCUGUACGCUAGUUACGUCCCCGCGUCAGAAGGGCCCUUGACGGACCUUAUGCCGUGGGACCGCUAUGACGAGCUAUGUGGGCCCCCGGCUUGGCCACACCAGAACGAGGCUUCUCUUCAGGCUAAGUGUAGUGAGUUCACCGGCGCGAUGGUGAAAUGGUCGGGUAAAGUGACAUCUAUCAGAGCUGGAAGUGUGGAAAAUAAAUUUCGCUCUUUUGUGAUGGCGAUGCCGACUGUUAUGCGCCCGACUUUACGGUGCCUUCUUAGCAGUGAAGACGAUGAUGAAAGUGAAGACAAGUCAGAGUCUUCGGGUUGGCUGUUUUCUCGGCGCUCAUCGUCUGAUCCCUGCAGUCUGAUGUCAUUUGACAGAUACACGUUCGUCAUGGGCGUGGCCAUGACGUCAUCGACUGGUACGUUAGUGAAUCUCAAAGUCACGGUUCCCCAUGGCUUCUACCACAGUAUGAUGACGAUGAACACGUCUACUUUGGUGACCGUGCAAGGGUACUUGGAAGGGGGACUGGGACAAAGCAGUAUUUUCGUGUCUCUACGAAGACUGUAUAUCGGUGGAGAACGCGUGCGCCCGAGGGGGGUGGUGCACGGGGAGGAUGUGUUUUCUGAGAUCAAGAAUGCUGCGCGGUAUUCGGUCUCGUUUUUCUUCUCACCGCUGAUCAAUCAUGGAGCUGAACCGACUGAGCCAGAAGACCACGACUAGUCAUAAUAACAUUUUAAUAACAUUAAUAUUUGAAAAGAAUGGCAAAAACAGACCGACCAUAGAAAAUGAUCAGAAAUUGAUUAUUUUAUUUUCGCUGGUUUGGUGUCUGAAAUGCGAGCUUUCAUAUAAUGCAUCUUUAUUAGUGGUCUCUACCCACAUUCUGUGCUUCGUUACGGUUUGCAUAGACAGAGCGGAAGACUCGGUUUGUUCUCCACUGGCGGCUCUGUAAAAUAAAGACAUCAGACACAUUUUCUAUUUUUGAACAUUUGAAUUUUAAAUAUUUAAUGUCCUUAACUAAUAUUAAUAGUAAAAAAUCAAUUGAGGAUGGUGUUGAUGGGGUAUGGGGCGGAGGUACUGCAUUGCUUGAAUCAUUAUAUAGUAUCAGGGAUAGUAUAUAGCAGGGCCGUAGCAGGCUUCGAAAUAUUGGGGGGAGGGGGAGGCACAGUACAAAAAUAUUAAGAAAUGUCCAACUUAUUGUUUACUUUUAAUUUUGAAAAUAUUGGGGGGGGGGGGGGGGGGGAGCACGUGCCCCCGGUGCCCCACCCCCUGCUACGGUCCUGUAUAGUAUUAUGGUAUAUAGUAUAUUGUAUAUUUAACCUGUUUAAUUUUUGUCGGUGUCGAUGAGCUGGAGCAUAAAAUGGCGGAGUAUUAGGCAUUCUUUAAUGGCUAUGUUAGUAGUAGUAAUUAUGUAAUUAGUACUUACGAAGUUGAAAGAAAUGAAAUGUCACUCUG